AUGGCGACCGCGUCUCACACCCGAUCAAGUCCCUACGGCUGCACCCGAGCGGUGCUUUGUCCGUGUUUCAGCAAUGGCCAACCAAACGAUGCUGCUCUGAUUGAGCCUCCGCGCCGCAUUCCACUAAGUGAUAGUGCCCAGCAUGCCCAGAAGAAACUGCAGUUGGCGUGUGUAUGCUCCAUCUUUUUCAUGGUCGCUGAAGUCGUUGGUGGUUUCCUGGCCGGCAGUCUUGCAAUUAUGGCGGACGCCGCUCACUUGCUGUCUGAUGUGGCGGCAUUUUGCAUCUCACUAUUUGUUAUCUGGACGAGCACACGCCCUCCAACCAACCGAUUGAGUUUCGGUUUCCAACGCACGGAAGUUAUCGGUGCUGAUACGAGUGUACAGGUGCUUUGGGCUCUAACGGGUGUCUUGGUCUAUGCGGCGGUAAAUCGGUUUAUCGAGUGUUUGGAGCCAAAUCCGCCUGAACACGUUAAUGGCAAGUUGAUGUUUAUCGUGGCCUGUAUCGGACUACUGGUAAACCUGUUGCUGAUGCAAAUCCUGGGUCAUGGCCAUUCUCAUGGGGCCGGUGCUCAUGGUCAUUCGCACAACGGGGUUGAUACCCACAGUGGAGUCGUCAUCCAGGGCCACUCGCAUGGUGGGGAGUUGCUGGAUGAUGAUCACGAAGACCACCACCGAUACAGUGGAAAUGAAGGGAUCUAUCACAGACUAUCACCUCGAAAGCACGGUCACACGCAUCGAGAAAGACAUUCUCACGGGCAUGGACAUGAGCACGGAAAACACUCGUUCGGUGGAGAUCUGGAGGUUGCUCAAUUGGAUGGAGCUGAAAAGCCGACGACAAAAAAGAAUAUGGAAAAUCUCAAUAUCCGGUGGGCUCAUUUGGCUUAA